UACAGGAUGGGCUGUAAUGUAAGCAAAGUAGGACCGCAGUAAAUAGCACUGUAGUAAAUUAAAAUUGCAAUUGCCUUAUCGGUGCAAAACAAAUUAAGGGGGAAAAAUUGCGCCCUACAGUGAUCUUGGACCUGCAUGCACUUGUUGCAGAGUUGCACCAGGUGACUAAAGCACAACAAAUAUCUUGGUUUCAGUAAAGGCUUUUUUUCAGGCCGAAGUGAAAUUCACCAUCCAUAAAAAAAUUCAGUUCUCCAGAACAAGUGGUCAAAAGAAUAAAAUAGGUUUGCAAUGUUUUAGUUUUAAGUUCUCGCAGGACUAUAUUAUUUGAUUGUGUUUUAAAUGGUUCUUGCUGAGAGAAGAAGUGCUGAAAAUGGGGGAUCAGCAGGCGUAUAAGACAAACCACAUAGUUAACAAUAGCGAAAAUGUAUAUUACCAGCAGCAGCACUUGAGUCCUCUGGCAUCUGCAAACCACAGCUAUGGAACUUCAGCCAUGCAUACGUCUCCAGAGUCUCCUCUCUCUCCUUCAUUCCCUCAUGAUACCAGGGAAAACAUGUCUUUGAAUGUUGGGCCCAAAGGUCUUGGGCUAAUGGAUUCUCCCAGGCAAACAGACUGGGCCCAUUUGGUGUCUGGAAACCACCUCCCAGUAAGAAACAGUCAGCAUGUCAUGUGGAAUCCAAUGGCUCAAAGUGAACCGGUUGAUGGCUUUGACCAUCUCUGUUCCCAAAGCAAUGACCUCAGGUCACAAAAAAUUACCAGUGGGGUUUUGCAUAAAUUAGACUCUUUUGCCCAGGUGUUUGCUAGCCAAAACUUAAGAAUCCAAGUGAACAAUGUGUCUCAGAACAUUCAGUCGCAGCCUCCAGUGAUGGAGAAUGCUGGCGAUAGCGCGCUUCGACAAUUGCUGUCUCAGAAACCUGCUGUGGAACAACAACUUGUGCCGAGAUACCAGCAGAUGCCACAGCAAGUCCAUCCUGGGUUUGGAAGUGCACAGCAAAAGCAGCAGAUGCAGCUAAUGCAACACCAGUCCCCUCUUUAUUAUGAUAACCAGCAACAUGUUGCCCACAUCCCAAUGCACUCUGCCAUGCACCAGGGACAGACCCACUUGCAGCAAAUGCAUUCUCAACAUUUGCUGCCACCACAGCUACAGCAAGAUCAAUACUAUCUGCAGCAACAGCAACCCCAUCAAGGACAGCACAGGCUCUUGGUACACGAGAUGCAGCCUCAGCAGCAGCAACAGAGGCAGUGCCCCAUGCAAACAGCUCAGUAUUAUCCAAUACAGCCUAUGAUGCAACAGUUACAACAGCAGCAGCAGCAGCAGCAGAUACAAACACAACUUCCUCCCUACCACCGGGAUACUAACCAGAAGCCUCUGCACGAACCUCAGCAAUACUCCCAAGAUCGGGGUAAUUCCAUGCAUCUUAUACAGCUAGGAGCAGUCCCUCCGUAUUUCUAUCAAGAUCAGCAGCAGUCCUUCAAACAUUUGUAUCCACAAAGUGUUCUGCAUCAGCAACAGCCAUCCGGUGAUGCCAGUCAGCCUGAUCAUUACCAGAGUGAUGGUAACACUCAGACAUUGAUGGAUGAGCACCUGGGACUCCCUAUGGCAGAGGGGACUGAAGAUCCAGCAGCACAGGGCCUGAAUUCUGUGGACAGCACAAUCUCCCAACCAUCUCUUAGACCUUCAACAAGUGUUCUGAUGAAUAACAAAAGACCUCAGCAGUUGUCUCCCAGUGCAGUAUGGCCACAGAUCCAGUUACUUGAUGGCAGACUUCCAUCAGUUUCUCCUGAACAAAGCAAUGCUUGCGAUAAAGAAACCUACAUUGAAAGAUCCGAACCCAAGAGCAAACUGACAUGCUCUGUAUGUUUCAAAGAGUUUAAAAGUUUACCAGCUCUAAAUGGUCACAUGAGGUCCCAUGGAGGGAUAAGGGCAUCUCCUAUCUUCAGACAGGAGGAUGGGGAGAACCUGCCACAGCAGCACCAGCAGGAACAGCUGCCCUCCGAAGUGGAUAGCUUUGCGCCUAUCGUCAUGCCUGUGUCUGUCCCUGUAAAGGUUCUGUCGCCUGAGCCCAGCAAGCAGGCCAGUGAUGGCUGUGCCCUGGUCAAAGACAAGCCUGUCUCAGAUGAUGAGAUGCCUGUCCUUGUGAGGAUGAUCUGUUCUCCAGCACAUUCCCCUAACGCCAUCAGCCCGUCUACCUCUUCUGCUGUGCUGAUGUACCCAAAGAGUGGAUCCCAGGUCAGCAGAAAGGAGCCCAAUAGAAAGCAUCAGCAAAGUAUCACCAACUCUGAAGAAAAUAUCAAAUCUUUUCAAGACAAGAAAAAAUACCGCCACAGACCCGAACCACUCUUUAUACCACCUCCUUCCUUCAAUCUCAGUGCAUCUCACUCAGGGGCUACUCUGUACCAAAGCCAACUUCGCUCCCCCCGUGUUUUAGGAGACCAUCUAAUUGACAAGAAUCAUAAUCCUCCACCUUAUACACCACCUCCCAUGCUUAGCCCCAUACGGCAAGGAUCUGGACUCUUCAGCAGCGUCAUCAUAUCUUCUCAUGGUACAUCUCACCCCCAGCUGCCCCUUACUCCCCUGACACCCACUCCACGGAUUCUCCUCUGUCAAUCUAAUAGUAUUGAUGGAAAUAGUGUUCCUGUGACCUCAAGACCUGGAGAACAGACUAUUCAUAUUGAACCGUGUAUCAACAUUGGCUCAAGAUUUCAGGCUGAUAUCCCUGAAUUUAAAGAUAUAGCAAUGGUGGAGAAGGAGGAUCACAAGGCAACUUUAGUUUGGAAACCAUGGCCAGAACUGGAGGACAAAACUUUUGAACAAAGAGUGACCAAUCUCUUAAAUAUGUGCUGCUCGAGCAUAUUAACUGGUGGAGGAACCAAUAUAGAAUAUGGUUUGCAUUCUCUCUUUGAAGCUAAAGGGAAUAUUAUGGCUGCUCUGGAAAUGCUUCUUCUUUUGAAACCAAAAAGAGCAAAAUCACACCCUCUAGCCAAUUACCAUUAUGCCGGUUCUGACCAGUGGACACCCUUUGAAAGAAAAUUGUUCAGUAAAGCACUGGCAACAUAUGGCAAAGAUUUCAUUUUUGUGCAGAAAAUGGUGAAGUCUAAGACAGUCGCCCAGUGUGUUGAAUACUAUUAUACGUGGAAGAAAAUCAUGCAUUUAGGACGACGGCACAGAACUCGGCAGGCGGAAGUAAAAACUGAAUGCCCAACAAGUGGUGAAGAUGAGGAAAUGGAAGCUGAAGAGCAAACUGAGGAAGAAAAAGCAUCUGUAAAAGAAGAAGAUACAGAAAUUCAAAAUUCCCCUGACCCACCGUCUAUUGCUGUUGCAUCACCCAUUAACUCUCCCUCUCUGCCAGGCCUUGGGCUACCUGCGACCUCUUUUAUCUGUGAAAUGCCAGACUGUGGGGCUGUCUUUACUUCCAGACAAGCCCUGAAUGGCCAUGCACGUAUUCAUGGUGGUACAAAUCCUGUGGUCAAAAACCGCUGUGGUGGCUCUAGCACAAAACAAAAGUCGAAUUCUCAGAAUGACUACUGCUCUGUCAAGAGUUCCCCAGCUCAUAGCACAACAAGUGGUGAGACAGAUCCACCUACAAUUUUCCCCUGUAAAGAAUGUGGCAAGAUAUUUUUCAAAAUCAAAAGCCGCAAUGCUCAUAUGAAGACCCACCGCCAGCAGGAAGAACAACAGAGGCAGAAAGCUCAGAAGGCUGCCGUUGCAGCCGAAAUGGCAGCCACAAUUGCAAGGACUGCUGAAUCACCAGGGCACAGCUUGAUCCCCCUGGAUCAUUUAGACUUGAUAAAGCAAGUCGAACAGGGAGACGAACUUGGCAACGAUGUUGUACAGGAACUGGGUGAAGUAAUUGACAGUGAUGAAGUGAUGAACCCCAGCAUCUUAUUGGUUGAAGGAGAAUCAGAGUUGCUUCAGGAUGAUGUUGAACUGUAGACAAAAUGAGCCACGUCUGUAACAUUACUGAUACCAGUUGAAAUCAGUUUCCUCCAGUGAAAAGGCUAUAUUUCUUACUUCCCUUUUAUUUUAAACUGUUUCUAUAGCUGAAUUCUUUUAAAUCCAGAACUGGCCGAACACAUCUGUCUUGUGAUAUUCUUUCUUUUGUUUUCUUUUUUAAAAGUGGAGGGGAAUUGUUGCAUUCUAAAGGAAUCUUGUGUAAUAUAUUGGAAUCAAAUAUUCUGAAAAAUCCAUAUAUCUUAAAACUUUUAAAAGAAACAUCAUAUUCUUUCAAUUCCUCAGGAGACUUUCUUUUGUUCACAUUUGUUAAUUCUGGCUUCAAAAAAGCCUGCAAUAGGACCGUGAGACGGCAAAAACAAGUCAGUGAUACCUGCAUCUUCAAUCCAAGAUGGACAUGGAAUAACUUGUUUGUAUCUGGCGAUUUUGGACUAGGGCAACAGCAAUGUAAUAUGGUCCUUCUCCUUGGGCCUAUAAUCAAGAUAAUCCAAUUCAAUUAUUUACUCUCACACCAAACGUUUGACACCAAAUGAAAAUUCUGAGGAGAUCUUGAUUGCCUUUCCUAACAAGAUUUUAAUGGAUGUUCUGUUUGCUUGAACACAGGCUGAUUAAUAGCAAUAUAUCCUGUUCUGCUUUACUUGGUUCUGAAAGGAAGAAACAACCAUGAAAUCAGAAAGAAUGACUAGAUUAUAGGUGUCAGACUAGAUCCUGUCGUGGGCCGCAUCGGGAUUUUGUUUGUCCUUGGGGCACCGGGAAGUGCAUGGCCUGCUUGUUGUGGCUAGCUGGGUGGGCAUAGCCAUGCCUAAGGCAGCAGAGGCCGGUCCCUCACUGUCUCUGUGACAGCAGUCAACUCCACAUCCUAUCGUUGGCCGGAUCUCGCCCACAGGCCACGUGUUUGACACCUCUGGACUAGAACAUUCCUCCCAGCAAAAGUUUUUAUUAUCACCAAAUUUAAUAUGUAUACAAUUGUUUCUUUUGAAGAAUUUCCAUAGUCAUAAUCCAUACUUCUGGGCUUCCAAUUUAGGAGAUUCAGAAGGAACAGCAUCACUGAAUGUGGGAAUAUCUAAGAGAUUAUAGAUAGAUUUUUGAUUUUAGAGUGACAGAAUGGCUGAAGUCAACUCACCACCUUUUCAUAUAAGAUUCCUGAAUUGAAUGUAAAUUAAUAAUUGAUGUAGUGAAGUAUAGGCAAUUUGUACAGUAAACCAGUUACUAAAAAGGUGUCUUUGAAAGUAUAGGUACAAUAUGCUAUAUUUAGCUUCACAGCAAUGUUUUCCUGAAAAGGGGCAAGUCAAAAGUUUUCUCACAGAAAAACGAGGAGAAAAAUGUCCUCCUCCAAAUACAUACAUACAUACAUACAUACAUACAUACAUACAUAUAUAUAUAUAUAUAUAUAUAUAUAUAAUUAAAUUAUGUGGCUACUGUGUCUCAGUGGCUGCAGAAUGUACAUAUGCAGUUCUACGCAGACUUUGAUGCAGUUCCAUUCACUUUUGUAAAUUGAAUUAUAUAUCAUCAUGAAAGUGUGCGCAUAACCUAGAUGGAACCAUGCAGGUUUUGGUGAUUGCCAAAGAGUUUAAAACUGCCAAUAUAAUUUGUUCACGAGUUUAGUGUAAAUGUAUUGAACACUGUACAUUUUAUGCCUGCCAAUUGUCUUUUAUAGACUCACAGGUUUGAAACUAAAAAUAACUCGAACCAGUUCCCUCGCUGCCGCGUGGGCGCCGCCAUUUUGGAUUUAAGUGACUGUGUAUGCGCAGUUCUCUGUAAAUUGUUCUGUGCAUGCAUGCAGAACAAUUUACAGAGAACUGUGCACACGUGUGCAUGUUGUGCACGGGUUGCGAACCAGCAGUAACACCAGCAGCUACCCACCCCUGGGUGGUAGGCACACUGGUGCGCUUAUGCCACACCCCUUACAGACCUCUUAGGAAUGGAAUGAGGUCAACAGUAGACAGUCUUAGGUUAAAGUUUGGAAGACCUACAUUGUUUUAUGUGUUAAGCUUCUCAUUUUAAUUAUACAAUUAAAAUGCAUAGCCAUAAUUAAUGUUCUAACAGUUUUCACUUUAAUAACUAUUUUGAAAUUCAGAUUUCUUUCCAUUUUGUUUUUAUGUUGCUAUUUUAGCAAUACACGAGGCUGCAAAUUUAAGUACAAAUUUAAUCUCAUCCAGUACAGUAAUUGUGGUUGUUUCUUCCCUUUCCUGAUUUUGUUACAUUAGUUUUUAAUAUACACAGAGUAGUGUUUUAUGAUAAUCUUGUGCUAAACCAAUAAUGAUCAAAAUCUUCCCCAACUCUUCCUUUCCUGUUGUGUUUGAGAAUGAUUAGAUGGAUCAGUAUGGUCAGGUUUGGAAUAUCCUAGCUAAGCAACUCUUUCAACAUCAGGAGUGGGUUCAGUUUUUAAUAUAAUUCUCUAGCAUAAUUUAUCAGUGAAUAAAGAGUUCAAAAUUAUAUGUCAGCAUAAAAUUAUUCUGUUUGCAUAAUCAUGGAUAUUUUCUUGGGAGCCAGAUCUUAGUAUUUGAUAAUUUAAUAGUCUUAAAGAUACCUUUUGUGAAAGUCAAUUUUAUGUGGCCAAAUCUAACGUUCCUACUCUUCAAAGCUUUGCUAACCAUGGCUAUCCAUAAUUGUUCUAUUUGUGAUAAUUACUGUGUUCAAAUCAGUUCUGUGCCCAAUUAUAGAUUACACGCACCACAUGAAAAGUAGCCAAGUUGAAAUUAUCCGUAAUACCAAGUUUCCUUUCACUAGUCAGUAGGAUAUAAAGUGCAAGCAAUCUGAUGGGUUUCUUUCCAGUGGUGGGAUUCAGCCAGUUCGCAUUACUUCAGUAGAAUCUGUUCUUAGCUUUUUGAGCAGUUUGGUGAACUGGUUGUUUGAAGAAAUCAUUAGGGCAGAAAACUGGUUGUUAAAUUAUUUGAAUCCCACCACUGGUUUCUUCUUCUGAUGUGUAUUGAAUCUUUAACAAAGAAAUUGAAGAGAGUUGAUUAAUAUGAUUCAUUGUGUAGUUGAGCAAAUCUUCAUAUUGGUUUUGGCUUUUUUUCCCUUUUCCUUUUAACCUAUCGAGGCUUUCCCAAGGACCAGGGAUUGGCAGAUGUGGAUGGUUGAUAGUGGUAAAGGCCCAGAGGUUGGGGAUCUCUGUUAGAGACAGUUGUUAUGUCUGGGGUGUGGCAGGUUUGAAACUAAAAAUAAGCCCAAUAACAUUACCCAAGUUUGGGAGCACCUAUAUUGUGUUUAUGUUCUAAGAUUCUCAUUUUAAUUAUAUGACCAAAAUACAAAGCCGCAAUUAAUGUUUUAACAGUUUUCACUUCGGUAAUAUUGAAAUUCAGAUUUCUUUCUGUCUUUUUGCCCAUUUGUUUGAAUUCUAAGGUCCCAAAGCUUUUUCAUUUUCUAUUACUUUCUUUUUUUUAUGGUCCCAUCAGUCCUUGCUUGCAGGCAAGCAAGUAAAUGGUAUUUUUUUCAGAUCAUUCAUUGCCAUUGUUGUUACUUUGUCAUGAGGUUGUUUGUAGUUAACCUGUGCAGUCUUCUUGCAGCAGCUAAACAGGUGAUCCAUUGUUUCCUCAGUUUCUUUGCAGAAACAGGUUUUACUAUCUGUUACUGUCUUCUCAACUCUGGCUUUCAAUGCAUUGUACUCUUGACCAUUGCCAGAUCUUAUUAUUAUCUGCUUUGUCUGCUAUUUUUAAAAUAUUAUUAUUAUUAUCAAAUUUACUUGCCACCCAUCUUGCAGUUCAAGGUGACUCCGAGUGGCAGUAAGAUAAAAUAUACAAAUAUCUGACAAUUAUAAAUAUAAAAGCAGAUUAAAAUUACAAACAUCAAAGCAAAUUGAAAAACAUGAGUUUGGAGAGGUGGGUUUGCCUGUCCUGUUGAUGCAUCAACCAUCUUCAGGACCUCAUGCCAGCUGGCAUAGUCAGGUUUUAAGGCUUUUCCUUUAUAGGCUUAAAGAAAAGAGGUGGAUAUUAUCUCCUAUGGCAAGAUGUUCCAAAGAGCAGAGGCCAUAACAGAAAAGGCUCUUCUGGAUCCCACCAGCUGAAAUUCAUUGGCUGAUGGAUCUGCCAUAGACCCAGCAUGAGUGGGAUAAACCAAUCCCCCAAAAUGGUUCUGCCCAUUUUUUCACUUUGAUAAAAGUGCAAAGCACACAAUAGAUAAUUCCAAGCUGAUCUAUAUUAUUUUCAUAUAAAACUAUAAGGCAAAUUUUUUAACCUUCAUUAAGAAGCCGGUCAUUAUCUUCAUUAAGCAUCAGGCCAUUAUUCAUCUAAAUAAAAUUAGGUUUUAGUGUUCCACAAACUACGUCCAUCAGAUGAGGUGAGACUGUGUCUCAAAAUUUUCAUCCAGUGUGAAAAUUAUAGUCCAGCAUACUUGGAGGCUCUUUCAAGAUUUUAUAAAUUUCUAGGUUUCCUUAGAAUAAGGCUCUAAUAUAAAAUUGUUCCUGAUUAUUUCUUUAGAUUUAUAACCACACUAGUGCCAUUGGAUUGUAUUCUUACAAUGUACUGGAAGGUAUUAGUAAAAUUGACGGUAUUGCAAUUGAUCUUUGGACUAAUUCAUGGUGAACCUGAUAAUGCAUGGUUUCAUUUUAAAUUAUAUAAAGCAAUUAUUCUGGAUAUACAGAGAUGUCAUAAAAUACAUAUUUUACCCUAAAGGAAUCUCAAAAAAUCCUUGAAAGUAUAUUGGUACUUCUAUAAAAAUGUUGUUGAGAUAUGCUUCAAUAUUUUGCCAGAAAGUCUGUGUGUGGGGAGGUUCUAUUACUGAAAUUUUGUGUUUAUCACAGUAAUUUCAGUAACAAAUUAGUUAAAAAGUGCACAUAACCUAAGAAAAAAGGAAAAUAUAUUUUAAUGAAAAAAUCUUAUUUUCAGAAGUAUUUAACUGCUGAUUGAUUGUUACAAAAAGUUGUAAAUUUCUGAGGUAUAGUGUAGUGUAAAAAUAUUUGGUUUAAAAACAUUUAGCAUUUUUUAUUAUUUUGUUUUAUAAUAAAAUGUUUGCCUGUUAUGGCUUAAUUACACCUGAGUUGCAUGUGAUUUAAUUUCAGGAUGUAAUAGGGUCAGGUUUGCACUAAAUUCUUAAUUUCAUAAUAUAUUACAUGGGAGGGGGCAAUUUCCUUUUUCUCUGAUGAGAUAGAAUGAAGCAUGCAUUGUACCUGGUACAUAAUUAAAAGCAAGUACUGUGUAUAGAUUAUAUAGCUUUUUUUUGACAGGCAAUUGUAAAAUCAAAGGGAUUCUGUAAGAGUUUGCAGGGAGAAACAGUAUUUUAUACUUUUGAUAAGAGAUACUUUGUUUAAAAAAUGUUCAUGUGAUGGAAAAAAAUCUUUUAAAUAAAAGAAUCAGCAUUUUG